GAAACGUACAUCCACAAAGUUGACAUGUGCGUCCUUGCAGCAUCCCAGUCGUUAGCCCAUAGAUUAUUUUGCAGGUCUGCAGAAGAAUGAGUGCAAAUCCAGCUCUCUCGAUAGAGAAUCUUGAGUGUAUAUCUCUAUUCCGACAGUUUGCAUAUCUCUUUAGCUCAAAUUCCGGCGAUGUUGUUCGGGGACGGACUCACUCUGCAAUCAGCUCCUUCAAAAACUCAGAGGCGCGUGACAACCAUGCACAGCCUCAGUACCCUCAGCAGCCACUACGGCGGGGAGCAAAAUCAUAAAAUGGAAGGAUGGAGGUUUUCCGAACAGCACUACUAGGCCAUGAGGGGACGUUCUUCCGGGGAUGCCAGCACGAGACGCAGAAAGUGGGAGCACGAGGAGCUUGAGUUGGUGUGACACGGCAUCAAUGUGACAUCAUGUGCUACUAUAUCUGCCGGAAUCUCGGGGUUAUGUGAGCAUAUAC